UCGCUCGGGCGCGCAGUACGUGACACACGCACACGAAGCCAUGGGACGCCGCGCACACUCCCCUCUCCACGCGCCGCUGCUGCUGCUGCUGGCGGCGGCGGCGGCGACGUCGUGGCAUGUCACCGUCGCGUCCGACCCGCCCUUCUCCUGCGGCGCGCCGUCCAGCGCGGCGUUCUGCAACCCGAAGCUGCCCAUCGACCAGCGCGCGGACGACCUCGUCUCGAGGCUGACGCUGGAGGAGAAGAUCUCGCAGCUCGGGGACCAGUCGCCGGCCAUCGACCGGCUCGGCGUCCCGGCGUACAAGUGGUGGUCGGAGGCGCUCCACGGCGUGUCCAACGCCGGCCGCGGCAUCCACCUCGACGGCCCGCUCCGCGCCGCCACCAGCUUCCCGCAGGUCAUCCUCACCGCCGCGUCCUUCAACCCGCAUCUCUGGUACCGUAUCGGCCAGGUGAUCGGGACGGAGGCGAGGGCGGUGUACAACAACGGGCAGGCGGAAGGGCUCACGUUCUGGGCGCCCAACAUCAACGUGUUCAGGGACCCGAGGUGGGGGCGCGGGCAGGAGACGCCCGGCGAGGACCCCACGGUGACCGGCAAGUACGCCGCCGUCUUCGUCCGCGGCGUGCAGGGCUACGGCCUCGCCGGCGCCGUCAACACCACCGACCUCGAGGCCUCCGCCUGCUGCAAGCACUUCACCGCCUACGACCUCGAGAACUGGAAGGGCGUCACCCGCUACGUCUUCGACGCCAAGGUGACGGCGCAGGACCUGGCCGACACGUACAACCCUCCGUUCAGAAGCUGCGUCGAGGAUGGCGGGGCCAGCGGCAUCAUGUGCUCCUACAACCGCGUCAAUGGCGUGCCAACUUGUGCUGAUUACAACCUCCUCUCCAAAACUGCAAGGGGAGACUGGAGGUUUUACGGAUACAUCACCUCAGAUUGUGACGCUGUUUCCAUCAUCCAUGAUGCUCAAGGAUAUGCCCAGACAGCAGAAGAUGCAGUUGCAGAUGUCCUCAAGGCUGGAAUGGAUGUGAACUGUGGCAGCUACGUGCAGCAACAUGGUCUGUCUGCAAUACAGCAAGGGAAGAUCACAGAACAAGACAUCAACAGAGCCCUCCACAACCUCUUUGCUGUUAGGAUGAGGCUGGGGCUCUUCAACGGCAAUCCAAAGUACAACCGCUACGGUAACAUUGGCCCAGACCAAGUGUGCACGCAGGAGCACCAAAAUCUUGCUCUUGAAGCAGCACAAGAUGGCAUUGUCUUGCUGAAGAACGAUGCCAAUGCUCUUCCUCUGUCCAAAUCAAAGGUCUCAUCCAUUGCUGUCAUUGGACACAACGCAAACGACGCCACAAGAUUGCUUGGAAAUUACUUCGGCCCUCCUUGCAUAUCGGUCACUCCUCUUCAAGUGCUCCAAGGCUAUGUGAAGGACACCAGGUUCCUAGCUGGGUGCAACUCGGCUGCCUGCAAUGUAUCAUCAAUUGGCGAAGCGGCCCAGUUGGCAAGUUCAGUGGACUACGUUGUUCUGUUCAUGGGAUUAGACCAAGAUCAGGAGAGGGAAGAGGUUGAUAGGCUGGAACUGUCUCUCCCAGGAAUGCAGGAGAACCUCAUCAACGCCGUUGCAAACGCAGCAAAGAAGCCAGUAAUCUUGGUGCUACUGUGUGGUGGUCCAGUGGACGUGACCUUUGCGAAGUAUAACCCCAAGAUUGGGGCCAUCCUGUGGGCUGGUUACCCUGGUGAGGCUGGAGGGAUUGCAAUUGCCCAGGUUCUCUUUGGAGAGCACAACCCUGGUGGAAGGCUGCCAGUGACCUGGUAUCCAAAAGAGUUCACGAGUGUGCCCAUGACAGAUAUGCGGAUGCGCGCCGAUCCAUCCACAGGAUAUCCCGGACGAACAUACAGGUUUUACCGUGGCAACACCGUCUACAAGUUCGGCUACGGCCUGAGCUACUCGAAGUACUCUCACAACUUCGUUGCAAACGGCACGAAGGUGCCGUCUUUCGGCAGCAUCAAUGGCCUGAAGGCGAUGGCGACAGCAGCAGCAGCAGGAGGCACGGUGAGCUAUGACGUCGAGGAGAUUGGCUCCGAGACAUGUGACAAGCUCAGGUUCCCGGCGCUCGUCAGGGUGCAGAACAACGGCCCCAUGGACGGCAGGCACCCCGUGCUGCUCUUCCUCCGCUGGCCGAACGCCACGGACGGCGGCAGGCCGGCGAGCCAGCUGAUUGCUUUCAAGAGCCUGCACCUGAAGUCGAUGCAGACUGCCCAUGUGGAGUUCGAGGUGAGCCCCUGCAAGCACUUCAGCAGAGCAACGGAGGAAGGCAAGAAGGUGAUUGAUCAUGGGUCGCAUUUCAUGAUGGUCGGCGAUGAUGAGUUCGAGAUGAGUUUCACGCCUUGAGCUGGGUUGCGUUGGAGUUCGUUGCAUUGGGGUUGGCACUGAGAUAUUCCCAGAAAAUGCAUCGUUGCAUUUCAUUUGGUUGGCUGGGAAAUCCGAUGCUUCGUUCAGGGGGCAAGGAUUUCAGUAUUGUUACUCAGCAAGUGUAACCAGCUAUCUUCUUUUAUUUAAAAAAAAAAUCUAACUUAUGUGAACAAGAGAAUGAUUCAAGAAAGAUUGAGACACUGUUAACGCCA